AUGUUUUCUUCGGGCUCGGGCGAUGCCAAAGGACGGCAGACGUCGGGCGGCAAGUCCUUCUUCUCGCGCCGUCACCACAAGGACAAGCACAAUGAGCAAGUGCCUGACAGUCCCUCGCUGCCUUCGAACUGGUCGCAAAACCCCCUACCGCCUGUGCCUCCUCCGCACCAGCAACAGCAUCAGUAUCAGCAGCCUCCUUCGUCGUCGCAUUCGCAUUCCUCGCGUCACUCUAUCGAUCAUGGCGCUGGCCUCAUGACCGCCAUCCCCUACGACAGUGUACCUCGAGAUACCCGGUCGCCAGUACGUGUCGAUUACCUACCAGAGAACAACACACAACUGCCUACUGCACCACGGCCGCCGCAACAUGCAUCGCAAUACUCGCUGGCCAGCACUGGCCGAACAAGCUCCUAUGAGAACUCAAUACACUCGCAGUAUGACCAAUACCCUGCUUCGGAUAGAGCCAGCAUACGCUCUAGUCACAGCCAUCGCACCUCGAUAUCCAUGCACCCGCAACAUUCGCCAUCUUCGUUCCCCAACAUGUCGCUCGACUCGACCACCCUCCUACCACAAUUAGCCCCUUCAUCCACCCGUGGAUCUCAACAGAAUGGCUUCCUCAGCGCCAACCAGCCGUCAGCCUUCAGCUCUACUGCAUCUUUCUCGCCAGAUGGAUUCAACCUACAACGGCCGUCUGAUGAUCGCGUUAUCGAAAAAGAAUUCUUGGAACUCAUGCACAAGCGUGGGUGGAAGAGUUUGCCUGAACAGGCACGUAGACAAAUGGAAGCAUACCCUAUAAACAAGAAAUGGACUUUGGUACAUCAGGACAGACUGGCUGAGUGGCAGGGUGAACAGAAGAGACGCAUGCAUGCGAGGACAACAAUCAACGCAGACUCGAGUCUGGGCAUUCUGGGCCGCGCCGAUGAGGAAGGGAGCCCAGAAUGGUAUGUUCGCAAAGUUCUGGACAACUCGAUCAGCGCGAAGCAAUUGCAAAGUUUGGCCGUCAGUCUGCGUACCCAGCCUAUCGGAUGGGUCAAGGCAUUUGUGGAAGCACAGGGUCAAGUUGCUUUGGCAAAUGUGCUCGGCAAGUACAAUCGCAAGCAGACGACAGGCCCGACAAAUCCUACCGUUAACGACAAAGAUUUGGACCGCGAAUACGAUAUCGUCAAAUGUCUGAAAGCAUUGAUGAACAACAAGUAUGGAGCGGAUGAUGCUCUCGAACACGCCCCUAUCGUAAAUGCCCUCGGUGCAUCCCUCAUUUCUCCUCGACUUAACACCAGGAAACUCGUCAGUGAAGUGCUCACCUUUUUGUGUCACUGGGCAGAAGGACGAGGUCACCAAAAGGUUCUCCAAGCUCUCGACUCGCUUAAGUCAACUCAAGGAGAAAAUGGCCGCUUCGAUGCUUGGAUGCGCAUCGUUGAAGUUACUGUUGAUGGCAGAGGCAAGAUGGGUAGCUUGGUCGGGGCAAGUGACGAGGUCCGCAGUGGUGGUAUCGGUAUGGAGAAUUUGCUCAUGGAAUAUGCGGUCGCAUCCCUGUUCCUCGUCAACAUGAUUGUUGAUGCGCCAGAAAGAGAUUUGCACCUACGAUGCCAUAUCCGUGCGCAAUUUACGGCAUGCGGUAUCAAGCGUAUCCUUAACAAGAUGGAGCAGUUCCAAUACGAUAUCAUCGACAAGCAAGUUGAGAGAUACCGUUCGAACGAGAUUAUCGACUAUGAAGAUUUGCUCGAAAAGGAGAACCAAGUUGAUGGCCAAGAUCCAGAACCACAGGAUCUGAACGAUCCUGUACAGAUUGUUCAGGCGAUCAUGUCUAAGGUGAACGGAAGUCAUUCGGCAGAUUACUUCGUGUCUUCUUUGCAGCAUCUGUUGCUCAUCAGGGAUAACGAGGCCGAGGACAGGCUUCGCAUGUUCCAGCUUGUGGACGCCAUGUUGAGUUAUGUAGCCAUGGACAGGCGAUUACCCGAUAUGGAUCUCAAGCAGAGUCUCAACUUUACUGUUCAGAGUUUGAUGGACAAGCUGUACACAGACUCUGAAGCUCGACAAGCGAGAGACGAAGCCUUGGAAGCUCGCCAGAUUGCUGAAUCGGCAUUGGCUGAGCGCGAUGAAUUGAGAGCUCAGCUUGAGCUUGGUGCCGACGGGCUAGUCAAAAAGCUCACACGGCAGCUUGAAGAGCGUGAUUCGAUUGUCCAGAUCCAACAACGUCAAAUCGAAAGUCUUAAGGCAGAACUUGCUGAAGUUCAGCGUGUAAGAGCGUUGGAACUGCAACGCAACGAGCUUGAGACCAGAGAGUUGUAUCUUAUGCUGCGCGAUGCUCAAGAUAUCGCUGCUGCGUCGGCAAAGAACGGAUCCAAGAAUGGUACAGCUGCUGAUCCUGUUCAGAUGCAAGGUAUUUUGGAUCGCGAAAGGCUCAUGGAUCGCUUGGAGAUGCAGCUCGAGAGAGCAAAGACACAGGCGAAACUCGAAGGCAAGGUUUGGCAACAGGUCGACCCCUCGGACAAGCUUCGCGAGUUGCGUGAGAAGAUGGAUGGCCCAGGUGGACCGACCAGUGCUAUCCCUGACAGCUUGCCUGAUGGCUACAUCGGAAGUGUUUCCAGGACGCAAAGAGGCGGUAUCACUCGCAAGCCACUUCCCAGUCAGACUCGACAGGAUGGCGAGGAGUCUCUGGAUGAGGAUGACGAAGAAGCCACGGUUUAUGAGAAGCCUCGCAUUGUUGAGAUGAAGCGACCUAAGAUUAGCUCCGCUCACGCUCAGGCUGGUUACCUUAAUGACAUUGUCAGCAAGGUCCGUCGUAUUGACGCUAGUGAUGAUGAAGAGGAUGCCACAGUUACUGGACCUUCGGACUCUAGGAACCCCAAAUUCGAUGGUGCGAUGCCUCCACCUCCGCCACCCAUGCCAGGCUUUAAUGGAGCAGAAGCUCCGCCGGCGCCUGCCAUGCCUGGCUUCAAUGGUGCUCCUCCACCUCCACCUCCGAUGAUGCCAGGGUUCAACGGAGCCGCCCCUCCUCCGCCUCCCCCACCACCAGGUAUGGCUGGGUUCUCAUCUGGUGGCCCACCGCCGCCGCCAAUGCCUGGGUUCUCUGGUCCACCUCCCCCUCCUCCACCGGGUAUGCCUGGCUUCUCUACUGGCGCCCCUCCUCCACCUCCACCUAUGCCUGGCUCUCCCAUGCCUGGAUUUGGCGGUCCACCACCUCCCCCUCCUCCAGGCAUGCCAGGUAUGAAGGCUGGAGGACCUCCGCCACCGCCUCCACCACCAGGAGCACCUCCUAUGCCUGGAGCCAGAAGAGGUGGGUUCUUGCCUCAAGCUCAAUAUGCAGCUGCCUCUACCAUUGGUAUGGGUGUUGCGAGACCCAAGAAGAAGCUCAAGGCUUUGCAUUGGGAAAAGAUCGACGCUUCAGAAUUCACCAUGUGGGCUACACACGCACCCACGCACGAGGCAAAGGAAGAGAAGUACGCCGAACUUAGCAAGAAGGGUAUUCUUGAUGAGAUUGAACGUCUUUUCAUGGCCAAGGAGAUCAAGGCGAUUGGCAAGAAAGAGAAGAAGAGCGACAAGAAACAGAUCAUGCCUAGCAACUUGAUGCAAACAUUCCAGAUCUCUUUGGCGGUAUUCUCACAACGACCGUUGGAGGAUGUCGUCCGCAUGAUCAUACACUGCGACAGGGAAGUGUUGGAUAACCCUGUCGUCAUGGACUUCCUGCAAAGAGAAGACAUGUGCACCAUUCCUGACAAUACUUCCAAGCUCAUGGCACCAUAUAGCAGAGACUGGACUGGACCGGACGCACUCAAGUCAGCAAGAGAGCAGGACCCUUCAGAACUGACUCGCGAGGAUCAGAUCUACCUUUACACGGCCUUCGAAUUGCAUCACUACUGGAAGGCUAGAAUGAGAGCAUUGGCUUUGACCAAGAGCUUCGAGCCAGAAUAUGACGAAAUCUCAGACAAGCUGAAGAUGGUAUGCAACGUUUCAGAAUCACUUCGCGACUCUGUUCGUUUGAUGCCCGUCUUUGGUCUCAUUCUCGACAUUGGUAACUACAUGAACGACUCCAACAAACAAGCCAUUGGUUUCAAGCUUAGUUCGCUCGCCCGUCUUGGUAUGGUCAAGGAUGAUAAGAACGAAUCUACCUUGAUGGAUUAUGUCGAGCGUGUUGUACGCAGACAAUAUCCCCAAUGGGAAGGCUUCACUGAAGACAUUGGUGGCGUUGUUGUGGCUGCCAAGUUGAAUGUGGACCAGCUAAUGGUCGAUGCUAAGAAGUACAUUGACAACAUCAAGAACGUGCAAAUGUCCUUGGAUGCUGGUAAUCUCAGCGACCCGCGCAAGUUCCAUCCCGAGGAUAGAGUCAGUCAAGUGGUUCAGAGAUCAAUGAAGGAAGCGAGAAGAAAGGCAGAACAGAUGGAAUUGUACCUCGAGGAGAUGAAGAGGACAUACAACGACAUUUUGACCUUCUUUGGCGAUGACAACCAAGACGAGUCGGCGAGGAGAGAAUUUUUCUCCAAGCUGGCCAAUUUCGUCAACGAGUAUAAGAAAUCGCACGAGAAGAACAUUGCUCAAGAGGAGACACAACGUCGCAAUGAAGUUUCGAUGCGUCGUAAAGCCCAAGCACAAUCUGCCCUCGAGAAGGCAACUGCAGAUCCUGCCGGUCCUCCUUCACCCGCUUCACAGGGUGCCAUGGACACAUUGUUAGAGAAGCUUCGCGCCGCCGCUCCUGCUACUAGAGAUACAAGAGAUCGCCGACGACGAGCCCGUCUCAAUGAGCGUCAUCAACGUCGUGUGGCUUCUGGCCAACAAAUGCCUGAAAUUGCUGGAAUAACAUCACCUACAGAUGAUUCGACUCUCCUCUCACCAACUUCAGACAAAGCGCCCGAGCGUCCGUCAACUUCAGACAGCACAACACUGUCUCCUCAUGUUGAAGAGAAUGACAAGGGUGCCAUCAGCGAAGGAGAAGACGUGGCAGAUCGAGCAGCAAGUCUUCUACUUGGCCUUCGCGGUAGCACUGGCGACAACGAUGAGACACCUGUUCCACGCGACAGUGAGAAUCUUCGUGUUCGCCGCCGUCGUGAUCACGCAGACAGCGAACGCGAGCGCCGCCGCCGAAGACGCGCGCCAGGUACCAGCACUGCCUCUACCGACGGACGCCCUCAGACGGGUGUCAGCGAUGCUAGUGCGGACCACCAUGACGACGACAACAAAUCCGAGCUUGGCGACGCUAAAUCAGAUGCCGGAACUGGAGAUGUUGAUGAUGGUCUGAAGAUUGAUCUUCAACUCAUGACACCUAUAACAAGUCCAGCAUUGACAUCUCCACCCAUCACUAUUGUUAGCCCACCUUCACCCACUACGACUGCAGAGAGACGGGACGUCAGCACACCACUUGGCAGUCCUCGGUUAUCAUAA